UGCGCAGGGUAGCGAGCGUCGGUUUGUCUGGUUUCCUUGGCAACCACGCCGUGUCUAAGGCCGCCGCCGCCGCCUUCGGGGACAAGAUGAAGCUGAAGCGGUUCUUGCUGAGAUAUUACCCGCCGGGCAUUAUUUUGGAAUAUGUUCAAGGCGGAGAAGUGAAAACUAAAUCCAUAGAUUUACUAGAUCUGAAUGUUGCUACAGAUGUAGGAGCUUUGGUAGAAGAUAUUAGAAAGGCAGAACCUCUCAUCAUGGCAUCACAUAAAGAUCAAGUUGUACGUUUAAUACUGCGGUUACAAGAAAUGCUGGAUCAACCAGUGGACCACAAGUUCUGUCUUUUUAAGGUACUUCGGACACAUAUAUUGCCACUGACUAAUGUUGUCUUUAACAAAUCUGGUUCUUGCUUUAUCACUGGAAGUUAUGACAGAACAUGCAAAGUGUGGGAUACGGCUUCAGGAGAAGAGUUGCGUUCUCUGGAAGGACAUAGGAAUGUGGUAUAUGCUAUUGCUUUCAAUAAUCCCUAUGGUGACAAGAUUGCUACUGGAUCAUUUGAUAAGACCUGCAAAUUAUGGAGUGUGGAAACUGGAAAAUGUUAUUACACGUUUAGAGGACACACAGCAGAAAUUGUCUGUUUGUCCUUUAAUCUUCAAAGCACACUGGUUGCUACUGGAAGUAUGGAUACUACAGCUAAACUAUGGGACAUACAAACUGGAGAAGAAGUGGUCACAUUAACAGGGCACUCUGCAGAGAUCAUUGCACUAUCAUUUAAUACCACAGGAGAUAGAAUCAUCACGGGUUCCUUUGAUCACACAGUUGCGGUAUGGGAUGUCAGCAUGGGCAGAAGAAUGCAUACCUUAAUAGGACAUCGUGCAGAAAUAAGUAGCGUGCAGUUUAAUUGGGACUGCACUCUGAUCAUUACUGGAUCAAUGGACAAAACAUGUAUGCUGUGGAAUGCUGUGACUGGCAAGCGUGUGGCAACUUUAACUGGCCACGAUGAUGAAGUAUUAGAUGUUUGUUUUGAUUACACUGGCCAGCGUAUUGCAACUGCCUCAGCUGAUGGAUCUGCAAGAGUUUAUGAUGCAGAAACAAAAAAGUGUAUUGCAAAACUUGAAGGUCAUGGAGGCGAAAUUUCAAAGAUCUGUUUCAAUCCUCAAGGCAGCCGUAUUCUUACAGCCAGCUCGGAUAAGACAGCUCGGCUUUGGGAUCCUCAGAUAGGGCAAUGCAUUCAAAUACUAGAAGGCCACACUGAUGAGAUAUUUUCAUGUGCUUUCAACUACAAGGGCAAUAUAAUUAUUACAGGUAGCAAGGAUAAUACCUGUAGGAUAUGGCGCUAAUUGAAGACCAUGUCCGACUCAACUUCCCAGCAGCUUUCAUGCAACACGUUUUACACAAUAACCACUAAGCCUUCAAAACCUAUUCAUGUGCUUCUCUCUGUUUUAGCCUUGUUUAAGUAGACUUUCCUGGAUUCAUGAAAUAACAAUGCUAGCUAGUUUUAUCUAUAUCUAUCCAUCUAUCUAUGUAUAUCUGCUUAAUAUAGUAGUGAUUAACUUAUGAGAAGUGAGAUUAUUUUCUUUGUAAUGAUCUGUAUGCCAAUUUGGGUAGGGAUGGUAGGGAUGGUGAGAU